UAGUGAUAACAGAACAGGGCCGUGCUCUCUCUCUCCCUUGCUCUGAAGUUUAAUUUUUAACUCGUAGGAGAGAGGAGAUAGGAGAAAAUCAGUGCCUGCUGUCAGGGUGCAGCUUGAAGCAUGGCACAAGCAAAGGAGUAAAUCCGAUACUUUCUGGAUGAAGAACUGUACGGACGGUCGAUGAACUCAGACUUCAGGCCAGUAAUGGAGAGUCCUGCCACGCUGAGCCGUGUGUUUCAAAGAAGCUAAAACGAGAAAGAAACUUUCUGACUCUGCCCUGCUGAACUGAUACGCUAGGAAAAAAUCUAUAUCUGGAAAUCGAAACUCAGUAACCAUGAAUGAGGGGGAGGCCGAGAUAGCCGAGGAGAAAGACUGGAAGGAGUUGGAGCCCAACUAUGCCAUCAAAGUCUUCCUCACUGUCCUGUACAGCCUCAUCCUGCUCACAGGCAUCGUGGGUAAUGGAAUCACCAUUCGGGUGACACAGGUGCUGCGGCAGAAUGGCUACCUGCAAAAGUAUGUGACGGACCACAUGGUGAGCCUGGCAUGUUCCGACCUUUUGGUCCUCCUCAUAGGAAUGCCCGUAGAGCUCUACAGUGCCACGUGGUUCCCCUUCACCUCAGCCUCGGGUGACGCUUCCUGCAAGAUCUACAACUUCCUGUUCGAGGCCUGCAGUUACGCCACCAUCUUGAACGUGGCGACGCUCAGCUUUGAACGCUACAUUGCCAUUUGCCACCCGUUCCGCUUCAAGGCCCUGGGCAGAGAGCGAACAACUGGGAGUCUCAUCGCUCUCGCCUGGGUCACGUCCGUGUUCGUAGCCCUCCCGCUGCUGUUCGUCACAGGAAUGGAGGGCUAUGUCCCAGAGCGAGCCAUCAUGCCCGUCCAGAACCUGACGUUCUGCACCAACCUGAGAAACCAGUGGGGAAUGUACAGGGCCAGUAUCUUUGUGGCGUUCAUUGUGUACAUGGUGGUGCUGGUCAGCGUGGGGGUCAUGUGUCGGGCCAUGAUCCUGGUCCUUCAGAAAACCAUGGGGCCCAUAGGAAGAGGGGUCAACGGAGUUGAGGACAAGCCAAAACACGAGAGUGCCAGGGUCAAAGCCGCCAAGAAGCAAACCAUCCUUUUUCUAGGUUUAAUCGUGGGCUCCCUUACCGUGUGCUGGCUGCCCAACCAGGUGCGUCGCCUGAUGACUGCCGCCGUGCCCAAGUCCAGCUGGUCCAUGUCCUACUUCCGCAACUAUGUGGUGCUGCACCCUGUGGCCGACACCUUCUUCUACCUUAGUUCCGUGCUCAACCCCUUCCUGUACAACCUCUCUUCCCGCCAGUUCCGACAGGUCUUCGUCCAGGUGCUACGCUGCCGCCUCACCAUCGAGCACGUAAACAAACGGACUCUGAGGAGCUUCGAGGCCAACUCGGCCCGCUCACUGCGGCCCCUGCUAAAGUCACUGCGUCGUGGUGGUGGCAACAGGUCUACUCAGACUCAGAGCAAGGAGUUCAAGAUGCCUACAUUCACUACCUUCCAUAGUCCUAAGGACACUCCCCCUCGCAGCCCUGAGGAGGCCCUCCCCACAACCGAUGAAUCACUUUCAAAUUCAGCCGGAAAGGGAAACAUCCCCGAAGAGACUGAAAUAUAAGUUUAUUAAAAUACACGUAUGACAGUUGUUUUGACUUGUGCUCUAGCAUGCUUCUCGGCUGAGGUUAUGAAGUAGAAUUGACGUUGUGAGUCAAUACAGUCCAGAAAGACUUCUAGGUGACUUUGAAAGAUGAACCAAAAGAGAGACACUUAGCUGUGUUCAGUAUUACAGUAUUCAGUUCAUCGGAGAGGGAUACAGGGUGUCAUCCAACUCAGAUUUCAACAAUCUGCCACAAGCUGAUUUGUCAGAGAGGUGCCUCUACAGACAUAAUAUGUGAGGAGUCUAACAUACAUCCAGUCAAAGAACAGUCUGGACAUUUUGACCAAUUUCAUCUCAUACUGUACAUUGUAAUACCUGGAACACUGGAAAAGCUUGAUAUUUGAACAGUGUUUAAUUACAGUGAUUUGUUUCCAUUACAUGAGAUGACACUUCUCUUGGCCCUACUGUAACUCAUAUGUUCACAGUCACUUAAUAUGCCACUGAAAACUAAGCUCAACAUUAUUCAUCAUGACAUGGUGUCUGCAUUGUACAUUGUGUCCAAAGUAUACUUUUCCAUUCAUUUGUAUGGCAUCCACUGACAGAGUUGACCACUUACUAAAUUGGACCCAGUGCAUAUGAUUUGAUCUCAAGACAAAUGUAAUUUAUGUUUCAUCACUACGGUAUCAGCAUCAUUAUUUUAACAUUAAAAAUGGUCACUUCCUC